AAAAAAAAAGUAAACUGAUGACGACAACAGCCAAGAAGAUGGCGAGCGCUGCUCCGAUGCUUCGUCGUGGUGCGCUGCUGCUGCUGGCGGUAGCUGCGGUUGUCGUGGCGUGUGCGCUGCUGGACGGCGUGCACGGCGCCGAAAGCGCCCCUGCAAUUGACACAUCCAAGUACCAGACCAAUGCUGAGCUGAAGGCGUUGCUGCAAGACCUCACCUCCGAGUACCCGCAUCUUGCCACGCUGGACACCAUUGGCCAGUCCAUCGAGGGCGAAGACUUGUGGUUCAUGAGAAUCAAGUCGGAUGCUCUGUCGGAGGACGAUGCCAAACUACGACCCAUGAUGAAGUGGAUCGGCAACAUGCACGGCAAUGAAGCCGUUGGGCGCCAAGUCCUCAUCUACUUCAUCCAGUACCUUCUGUUCAACUAUGGCUCGGACAGGAGAGUGACGCAGCUGGUGGAUGCGACCGACAUCUACAUCAUGCCGUCCAUGAACCCAGAUGGCUUUGCCAAGGGCCUGAGCAACAUGCAGUGCUUGGGCGUGUACGGUCGCUCCAAUCACAACGGUGUCGACCUCAACCGCAACUUCCCCGACCAAUACCUUCCAAAGCCCCGAAACGAGAUUCAGCCAGAGACCAAGCUGCUGAUGAACUGGAUCAAGUCCAACCCCUUUGUGCUCUCUGCCAACCUGCACGGCGGCUCCCUCGUUGCAAGCUACCCGUUUGACUCGAGCGAGACGGGCCACAGCGUGUACAGCCGAGCACCCGACGAUGACAUCUUCAAACACCUCGCGCGCACAUACGCAGACAACCACAGAACCAUGCACACCUUCAAGAACAAGCCGUGCGGCGUCGGGGACGAGAGCGGGUUUGACCACGGCAUCACCAACGGUGCCGACUGGUACAGCCUGACUGGAGGAAUGCAGGACUUCAACUACCUGCACUCAAACUGCUUUGAGAUCACGGUGGAGCUCUCCUGCUGCAAGUUCCCCUCGCCCAACAAACUCCCGGGCGAGUGGGAAAACAACCGGCCUGCACUGCUGGCAUACACCGAGCAGGUGCACAUGGGCAUCAAGGGCGCUGUCACAGACGCAGCGACAGGCCUGCCCAUUGCUGGCGCGUCGGUCACAGUUGUUGACCGCGAGAACACGGUUGUCACGACAGCAGAUGGCGUGUACUGGCGCCUCCUCCUCCCGGGCUCAUAUGUGGUGGUGGUCACCGCAAACGGGUACCGCGGCCAGCGCGUGCAGGUGUCUGUGCCGCCAAAUGCAAACAACAAGCCGCCGCAGGCACAGCUUGUCAAUGUGCAGCUUCACCCCGAAGGUGACGACGACGACACCAGCGGUGGCACUGACGACGAUGGUGGUGAUGAUGACGAUGCGGGGGUGAUUGACCUGUCGACGGAAACCAUCAAUGCGCAGCUGCGCGAUCUCGUGGACAUUUCCCCGCACAACGUGCGUGUGUUUGAACUUCCCGGCGCAACGGUGCAGGGCACGGCCAUCAAAGGCGUUGCGAUUGGCAACAACAUCAACAGCGACGAGGCGAUGACACAGCGCCCAAAGGUCGGCCUGUUUGCUGGCGUGCACGCAAACGAGGCGGGCGGCACGCACAUGCUGCUGCAGUUUGCGCAGAAGCUGCUGACAACGACGCAGGACACAGCUGUGUCUGCGCUGCUGCAGAGCGUGGUGGUGGAGAUUGUGCCGCGGGUCAACCACGACGCCUUUGGUAACGCGGGGUACGGCGACUGCUUUGGCGAUGAUGGCGCUCUCAACGCGAACGGUGUUGAUCUCCUCUACGACAUCUCUGCAGCGUGGGCGAACAAGGCCAGCCACGGUGCUGGCGAUGGUGACGACGAUGCUGGUGAUAAUGGUGGCGUUGAUGGCAUGCAGCCCGAGACGCUGGCGCUGCUGCGGUGGGUGGAGCAAGAGCGUUUUGCGCUCACGGCGUACUUUGGCGCGGGGCAGUACGGCGUGACGUGGCCCUUCACGGGCCCUCCGCGUGACAACGGCGACCGGAACCCGGCGCCGGAGGAGGCGCUCUUGCGCAAUAUUGCGGACAAGUUUGCGGCGGAGUUUGCGUCCUUUUCUCCGACGCUCGUGCCCAUGGCACGUGGGUUCACGUGCGCCCAAACAGAUCCAAAGGACAGGUUUACUGAGGACGACGAGCGCCCCGUGAUCAGCGGCGGGAGCAUGAACGGUUACGAGCUGUACUCGUCCACACACGAGGUCGACCCCUCCAUCAACUUCUUUGGCGACGCCGUGUACACGCGACUCGGCACGCUCCACUUUGACGUGUACCUCGGGUGCUGUCUGUACCCGACCGCAGGUGAGAUGGAGGACAUUGCGGACGCGGGCUUCAAUCCCACGCGCGAUCUCGCCCUCGCUGCCCGCACAGCGCUCAUGGGCCGCGUUGUUGUCAAGUCUGUCAUUGUCGGUGGACCCACGGUUCCCAUCGCAGAUGCGACGGUGACGCUGAUGCCGGCCGAUGGCAGCAACACGCGUCCAACGGCGACAACAGCUGCUGACGGGCGCUUCGUGCGCCUGCUCGCCCCCGGCGCCUACACCGUGCGUGUGUCUGCCAGUGGAUAUGAGCCACAGUCGCAACUGCUCGACAUCACGGCUUCCUCAAGCGCCAGCUACACCUUUGAGCUUUCCCCGGCCGUCAACCCAGUACCCGUGUCCACCUCCUCAUCAUCACCAUCAUCGUCGUCGUCGUCGUCGUCGUCGUCAUCGUCGUCGUCGUCAUCCACUCCAACAGGCAGCAGCGCUCCCCCCUCCACCACCACAACAGACGCAUCCACCUCGGAGCUGGUGGUGCCGGCAACGCGGCCCCAGACACCGUCCGGGUUUUCGCUCGUGUUUGAAGGGCGCGCGCCGUUCAACAGUGGACCCGCGCUCCGCUUCACGUCCGCAUUUGAGUCACCGGCGCGUAUUGGCGACAUCGCCGUUGUGGACGACGUGGACGCGUGCGCAGAGGAGUGCAUUGCGCAAUCGCUCUGCCGCGGGUUUGUUGCGUACAUGCAGUCUGGACAGAUGCACUGCGCCGUGCUGUCGGACCUUGGGAGCGAGGGCGGUGUGUCGACGUCGCUGUUUGCGCUCUCGUAUCGCCGUCUUGCCGACGGUGAAACAACACCAGUGUCGUCGCACACACACACGAGCACAGCGGCAACAGCAGGAGGAGGCGGCGCAACAACAACAACGACGACAACAACAAGGACAACGACGACACCGACAACAGAAAAGGAAUCGACUCGCCCGCCGCCGCAGAGCUUCGACACGUCCGUGCACCCCGUCUCCACGACGACGACGACAACAGUGCCGGUGACGGCGCCACCGCCGCACUCCACAACAACAACGCGGAAGCAGCACGUGACACCGGGCGCAGACGCAACGACAACGACGGUGGACAGCAUCAGCAACGAGGAGCUACCCAGCUUGGACGACCUCAACUGCCCCCUCACCCUCGACUUUGACCACCACGACGAGCAGCAAGUCCGCGAGUUCUUUGCAUCUGCUGUCUCCCAUUUCCCGCACCUCGCUGCAGCCUCAACCAUCGGCAAAUCGGAGGAGCGACGUGACGUGUGGGCGCUGCAGAUCACGGACAAUCCCUCCGAGAUUGAAGCAGGCGAGCCGUUUAUGUACUACGUGGGCAACAUUCACGGGAACGAGGUGGUUGGGCGGGAGUCACUGCUGCAUUUCGUGCGGUUGCUGCUGUGCGGAUAUGAGAGCAGCAAUCGCAUUGCUCGCCUCGUCGACAACACCCACCUCUACGUUGUCCCGUCCAUCAACCCAGAUGGAUAUGCCCGCGCCGCUGCAAAUCCCUCCCGCAGCCACUGCACGCAAUCCUUUGACGGCGGUGUUGAGGGGCGCAACAACGCCAACGACUUUGAUCUGAACCGAAACUUUCCGGACCAGUACAAAGGCCAGAUCACGCCCCUGCAACAGGAAACAAAGGUGAUGAUGUCGUUUGUGCAGCACCGGCCCUUCGCCCUCUCCGCCAGCCUGCACGGCGGCUCCCUCGUCGCCAGCUACCCCUUUGACGGAACGCCAAAGAACCAUUACGGGGUGUCGCGGUCCCCGGAUGACGCGACGUUCAAGCGGUUGGCCAAGGUCUACUCCACCAACCACCGCAAGAUGAGCACCACGCCAUGCCGGCCUACGGACUAUUUCAAGGACGGUAUCACCAACGGCGCUGAUUGGUACCCGCUGUACGGCGGAUUGCAGGACUGGACGUAUCUGCACUCGAACAACAUGGAGGUGACGAUGGAGCUGUCGUGCUGUAAAUUCCCGCAGGCAAACGACCUCAAGCCGUUCUGGCUCGACAACAAGAUGGCCCUCUUCGCAUACGCUGAACACGUGCACACGGGCGUGAAAGGUUUCGUGCGUGACGCGAAAUCGAGCGACCCGCUGCCAAAUGUACUGAUCACCGUCAGGGGAAACUCAAAGACAGUUGUGUCCUCGUACCAUGGUGCGUACUGGCGACUGCUGUCCCCGGGCACGUACAGCAUCACCGCCUCUGCCCCCGGAUAUCAACACCAGACCAAAGCCGUGACUGUCAACUCCUUUGCUGCGUUCUCUGCCGUGAUUCUGGACUUUCAACUCGAUCGCGCGUCCGAUUACGACGCGUUCAAGCACCACUACGUGCGUGUGCACAACUACGAUGACAUUCAAGCGGCGGAGUGGUCCGACGCCGCCGCUGCAGAGGACACCGGUUACAACCUGUCAAACAACGUCAAAGUUGGCAUUGCCGUCACCUUUGCCCUUGUGUUUGGGCUGCUGCUGUUUGUUGCUGCGCGACGGCUGAAGCGACGCUGGCACUCGUACUCUGCCGUGAAGAACGCAGCUCCAGCAACAAAGGUCCGCUUCAGCCGCUUGACGGCGGAGGACAACACGUUUCUGAUCAGCGAUUCAGAUGACAGCGAAGACGAUGCUUUUGUCGUUUAGAUCCAUUCGAUGCCAUGCGACAAGAUGCCAUCGCGCUGCUGUCGUGUGAUGUAUUGUGAUGUGUUGUGAUGUGUUGACAUGCCAACAAGGCACCUCCCUUUCCCCUGCCCAACCUGUUCCCCACCCCCUUCUUUGCUUUUGAGAGCUGACAUGAAUGUAGCUUACUUCCUGGCAUGUUUCGUGCCAUUCGUGCCGUGUACAAAACGUUAGGCGCUUGUGUUUCUUUUUGUUCUGUUGUCACAAAGCGCGUGUUUCAAUGCAUGAAGCUUCGUAUCCAGCGCAGCGUUUACAUGCAGGCAGCGAACAUGGCAAGCAAGGCGUAACAAGAAGGGAAGGUACGCGAUAAAAGAAAUGAGCACCAGCA